GGUCCGUUCGAGUCCCACCGGGUGGGGCCGGGGGGCUUCGACCGCCCCUUCCUGCCCCCGGGCCCCCCCCACGGGCUGAUGCUGCGCCAGAAAUCCAUCGGUGCCCCCGAGGAGGAGAAGCCGUACCUGGCGCCCCCCCCGGGCCGUUUCAGCCGCUCGCUCUCGGUGCCCGGCUCGGACGAGAUCCCCCCUCCCCCCACCACGUCCCCCCCCGAGCCGCCCUACACCGCCCCUCCCCCCCCCAGCCCGCGCCACGCCCCCGGCCCGCCGGGUGGGGGAGGGCCGCUGCGGCGGAAGGGGCCGCUGGUGAAGCAGACCAAAGUGGAGGGGGAGGGGCAGGGAGGGGGCGGGCCGGGGGCGGGGCGCCCCUGGGCGGGGCCGGGGGGUGUGGGCGCGGGUGGGGGAGGGGCGGACAAGAGCUCUAUCGCGAUACCCACGAUCGUCGUCAAGGCCCCCUCGACCUCGAGCUCGGGCCGCUCCAGCCGCGGCAGCAGCGUGGAGGCCGAGGGGGGCGGGGGCGGGGCUUCGGGGGGCGGGGCUUCGGGGGGAGGGGGCGGGGCCUCGGCCACCCCCGACGGACCCUCGGGGGGGCGGCCCCGCCCCCCAUGGCCACGCCCCCCCUCGCCGGGAUUGGAUUUCACCUCGCAGUUCGGGGCGGCGCUGGUGGGGGCGGGGCGGAGGGAGUGGGGGGCGGGGCGUCGCUCCGCGCUCUUCCUCAGCACCGAGGAGGAUGAGGAGGGCGUGGGGGGCGGGGCUUCGGGAGGGGGAGGGGGAGGGGGCUUGGGCCCGCCCCCCGCCCAGCCGCGAUUACGUCACUCCAAAAGCAUCGACGAGGGGAUGUUCGCGGCCGGGGGGGGCGGGGCCAUGGCGGGAGGGGCGGAGCCUUUCCCCGCCCCUACCCGCGGGCUCUCCCUGCCCCCCCCCGCCCCCUCGGUGGACGCGGACGAGGAGCUGCUGCUGGCCGAGCCCCUCCCCCCGCCCCUCGAGUUCGCCAACAGCUUCGAACCCCUCCCCCCCAUUCCGGGGUGGCCCCUCCCCCACACCACCACCACCAGGACGGGGCCCCUCCCCCUGCCGCCCCUCCCCCCCCCCUCCAUGGGGGGCGGGGCGGACUCGGCCACCUCCAGCCUGACCUCGUACGACAGCGAGGUGGCCACGCUGACGCAGGGGGGAGGGGGAGGGGCGGGGGUUUCGGGAGUGGGCGGGGUUAUCCUGGGGGGCGGGGCCGCCGCCGAGGCGGGCGCGGAGGCCGUGACGGACUCGGGCAUCGAGGAGCCCGACAGCCGCAGCAGCAGCGACCACCCCCCCGAGCUGGGGGAGGGGCUGGACGGGGGGGCGGGGCUGGGGGAGGGGCGGCGCGGGGGGCGGGGCCGGGUGCAGGGCGGACACCGAGGGGGGAUGGGCGCGCCCGGCUGGAGCCGCGCGGGACUGGAGGCGGGGUUCGCGGGGAGGAUCAGGCUCACGGACUCCGCCCCUCCCCCCUCCUCCUCCACCACGCCCACCAAGCCCCUCCCCCCGAGCUCCGCCCUCUUCCCCCAUUGGCCGCCGCCUCCCCCCAAACCCUCGGUGGGCGUGGCCGUGGGCGGAGACCUGGACGUGCGCCCGCCCCUCCGGCGCGCGCCCAGCCCCGCCCCCCCGCCCUCGGAGCGCCGCGGGAGCCCCGCCCCCCGCCCCGCCUCCCUGCCCACCUUACCUGCGGCUCACCUGUACGGCGGAGGAGGAGGAGGAGGAGCCGGGGGAGGAAGCUCCGCCUCCUCUUACCUGGAGCUGCGCUCGCUGUCCCCGCCCCGCGCCGCCGCCGCCGCGUCAAUCACGGGCGGCCCCGCCCCCGCGAAGCCUUUUGGGGCGAAACCUUUGGCUUUCUGGAGCAAGUUCGACGUGGCGGACUGGCUGGAGUCGCUGAACCUGGGCGAGCACCGGGCGCGCUUCCUGCACAACGAGAUCGACGGCACGCACCUGCCCGCGCUCACCAAGGAGGAUUACAUCGACCUGGGCGUCACCCGCGUCGGGCACCGCAUGAACAUCGACCGCGCCCUGCGCCUCUUCCUCGAGAGGUGA